GUUCAGUAAACCGGAUCCCAUGUUAUUAUUUAGUUCUUUUCCGUUAUAUGUCACAGAUAAUUCAAACAAAUAGAAAAGAUUUUCCUCUUCUAACAAGAAAAAAUUUGUACAAACUGGAGAAUCAAAUACACAAACUAGAAUCAGGAAGCAAUCGUGACUUAUUAGACCGCUACCUUCAAGAAGUAACAUCAAAUAGUAAACAUUUUCUACGACACGAUGGCACAGUACAUCAUCUUCAAUCUUCCAAACGAAAAAGUGAAGAUUUGGUGAUGGCAUCCCCAAGACUAUCACCAUUCCCGUAUCACAAUGAUUCUCUAUUCUUUCCGACAGCCGAGCAAAUACAAUAUUUGAAUAGUUAUUCCACAGACAAUUCAUCUUCGACCUUAAAUGAUUCCGUCUUAUGUACUCAAGCACUUACUUUUGUAUCGUCGUCACCACCACUACCUGACUCUUCAAGUGUUUUAGUGCCGCCUUCAAUUACUCGCAGUAGUACGCCGCAACACGACAAUAGGUUUUAUGGAGUUUACAACAGCAGUCAUCAUAACACCAGUAAUAGCUUUCACAGCCUUCCAAAGCCACACAGUGGUAGUCGAAAACGCUGGAGAAAAGAGUUAAAUUCUUUGCCGCUUGUUAUUGAUCGAAGUAGCAUGAGCAACACAAACAGGAAAUGCCUUCUCAAACGAUUAUCUUCCUUUUGCAGCUUAUCUUCGUUUUCAUCUGCUUCUUCUGUUGAAACAGCGCAAGAGUAUUCUUUCAAUGCUAAUCACAAAAAUCUACAGCCAUAUCAUCUCUCAAAAGAAAAGUCACCGCGUUGGUUUUGUCAUAUAUUAAAGAAGAUAUUCGGUAGCGAUUACAUAGGGGAGAACACCCAAUUACGUAGUAAGCAUUCAUUUGAAAAACGCGGUUUUGACAAUGUUGAUAAUGACAACUCAGUUUGGUAUUGCAAGUACAAGGAGAAUCCUACAGGUAUCACCAUUACAAGCACAGCAUUUGAAGGUGCUAUAAAAUCUCAAAAGCGGAAAUAACAAAGAGCAGCCAUUGACAUGUACACAUAAAGAUUAUAUACCUCUCACACCUCUCUGUACCAUAAAUUAGAGUAGACAUCGUAUGUAUCAUAUCAUUUUGACCAUUAUCAAAACUGUCCGCUUAACUCAUACAUACACUAGCUUAUGCACUUUCUCAAUAAAAGAUUAUGAUACAACGCCUCAGGAUUAUUGACAAUACAGUUUCUUUUUUUGUUAUUAAGUACUUAUCUAGACGGAAUUGUACACAAAACAAAGUUUCCCGAUUAUAGCAAUUCCGAACGGAUAACUUCAGUGCCGACACCCGCUGUUUUGAUGCCAUCUUGGACUUAGGGCUCCUAGAUUUAUACAACGCAAU